CUUCUUGCCAAUGGUGGGGUAUGAAACAGAAACCUCUGAGAAAUAAUGAAUGUUUUCUCUUACAUCCUCAAAGCUCUCUGCAGAAGACCAAAAGCUGAUUAAUUAAUGGCCGAGGAGACCGUACGUUUGCCUGGUUCACCGGAUGUAAACAGUUCAUGGAAAAAGAUAUCUACUAGAAAACUGAGUUUCUUAUACAGUGAAGAGAAUAUUCUUCCUAAUUACCUCAGAUCUACCACUAGUUCUUCUUGUCAUGACGUCUGCAAGUACGGAAGAAAACAGCAUGAAGCUCAAGACAAGCCACCUACUACAGUUUCACCUCUCAAAAGGGUUAACAGAAGCUUUUCUGGAACUCUAAGCUUUGAUUCACCUUUGAGGAAGAAGAAGAAGGCAUUGACCAAAUCAGUGUGGAUGAAUUCUUCUCUUGGCUAUGGUGGGACAAAGAAGACGGUUUCACACUCUUUCAAAACGAUUGGUGCGUCAAGGAGAAGAGAGUUAGAGAUGAUUGAACAUAACAAGCGUGUCACUGCUUUGAAGCUGAAGUCUGUUGCACAAACAGCAGCCACAGCUCUUCGUCGCAGUGUUACUGUGAAUAGAAAGAAGAAGACUAAUAGUGGAUAUGAAUCUCAAGAACCUAAGGAACCAGUUGUGUCUUUAAGAGCUACUAUGUCUUCAAAACGGAGCUUGAAUAGCAAUGUUCCUCUGGUGGAUGAGACGUGUGAAGACUUGGUUGAGGAGAAAACUCUAUAUGUUAUCAAGAUGGGAGUAACAGGGAAUGAUACUGUUGAAUCUGAUGAUCAGAAGAACCAAAGGUGUGUCAUGGAUUCGCCUACUGAUGAUCCAAAGAGCCAGGGAGAAGAAGAUGAGUGUAUUGUGACUGAAGAUGAUGAUGAAUCUUCUCAAGAAGAGGAAGAUGAGAACAUGUCACACUCUAAAGAUAAGAACACACCAAGGCAAGGACAAAGCAAAGCCCUAUCUGUAAAUGGUAAGUUAAUGCGACUGAGAUUCAAAAGAGGAAAGUUUAAUGAUGUUAUAUCACAAGACAACAGUCCAAGAAAGCUCAAGUUCAAGAGAGGAAAAAUAUUUACCAGAGCUGACACAACCGCAAAAUCAAGUGGUCGAAGAAGUUUAAAGACCAAAGCAACUAACAUUAGCAAUGACAAGGGACAAGAACAUAAAGGGAGAUCGUUAAAAGUUGUCCUAAAACACCAAGAGACACAAAAUAAAAAAGAUUCAAGAGUGUUGUUGUUCAACAAGGUGAUCAAGAAAACAGCUAAUAAGCUUGUGGAGACUCGCAAGAGUAAAGUCAAGGCUUUGGUGGGUGCUUUUGAGUCUGUCAUAUCUCUCCAAGAAAAAGAAAAACUCUUAUCCAACAGCAUAACACUCAAAAUGUGAUUAUCCUCAGUCCAAUCUCUAAUUACUAUAUAAUCUGUUUCUCUUUCCCACUGGUGUAUGUUUGUGUAUGCAUAUGUAAACACAUCUAAAAGUAUAAGAGUGUAAUGACUCCCAUGAUAAUCUAUAGUAUGUUGUGAGUGUUUUCA